AUACUUGUCCCACUUCCUCAGGGAGAUGUUGGGAUCCUCGUAUGUACGUCUAGAUGAACGUACGUGAAGUGGAUCCUAAUCCUCCUGGUUCCAAAAUUCUCAUUUGUUGUUCCAACGAAACAUUCGUUUCCUCCUCCUCUGCGGCUUUGCUUCAUUCCUGCUCUCCUAGUAACAUCCACGACCACGAGACCAGGCUUGGCAAUCCCAGGAAGCUCUCCUCCUCCUCCUCCUGUUCCUGUCCUGUUCAUCUGUUAUAAGUUAGAACUGGAUCUCUGGAGGCAACGAUGGCUUCAAUCCCUUCAACAGAAACAGGGUCCAAACCCUUCUCUGUUCUCUUUGUCUGCCUCGGCAACAUCUGCAGAAGUCCCGCUGCUGAGGCCGUCUUCAGGGAGAUCGUCAUGAGAAGAGGGCUUGAAUCCAAGUUCAAAAUCGAUUCUGCUGGCACGAUUGACUAUCAUGAGGGUAACCAAGCUGACCCACGGAUGAGAGCAGCUUCCAAACGGCGAGGGAUUGAGAUAACUUCCAUUUCGAGGCCCAUUCGGCCAUCUGAUUUUAGAGAUUUUGAUCUCAUUAUCGCUAUGGACAAGCGGAACAGAGAUGACUUAUUGGAGGCUUUUAAUAGGUGGGGACUCAAGGAGAUACUCCCAUCUAAUGCCCAUAAGAAGGUUAGGCUAAUGUGCUCGUUUUGUAAAAAACACGAUGAAACUGAAGUUCCAGAUCCUUACUAUGGUGGACCGAAAGGUUUUGAGAAGGUUUUAGAUAUACUUGAAGAUGCUUGUGAAUCAUUGCUAGACAACAUCCUGAAUGAGAACAGCCUUAUUUUGGAUCCAUAAAGCCUGUGUUUAUAAUUGUUGAUAGGGAUAUAUAUGGUGUUUUUUAUUAUAAAUCCAAAAUAUGGAAGAAACAAGUGUUUACACGACUCUUACCACCCCUAUCAAUUAUGUUCCACUUAAGUAUCUUUUUCUUGGUCACAUAUCUUUUAGGUUAUGUUUGAUUGCAAGGGAUAUUUAAGGGGAAGGGAAGUGAAAUUUUUAUACUUAAAGAAGAAAUUUUUUUGAUCAUUACUCCA